GAACAUGGAUGACAAGGAGAGAUGCUGAUGUACUGUGGAUUUAACAGCUUUUUAAGGGAAUUCACACAGCCUAACGCCAUUAAACACACUGGACUUGGGUUAUUUGCAUGCAUUCAACCUUAAUUUGUUGGGGCUAAAAUUAGGGACACUGGAGGUAAAUGUGAGGGAUAACUUCAACUGGUGAGAGACUCCCUCCUCUGGGCUCCCCCCAUCCCAGCCCUCUCCUACACCGGUCUUCAGAGCCCCAUUCCCAACAGCCAACAUGUUCUCCUCCAACUUUCUGAGUGGGGGGAAUCCUCUAAGUGCAAUGUCCUCUGCUGUAAACAAGUUCAGUCUUUUUGGGGAUGAGGAGGAAAAGCAACAACAGCAGCCUCCAGGACCCUCAAAGCAGAAGGAUCCUCAACAGCAGGGGAAUGGCCAACCAGCCUCACAGGGGCCUCAGAGGCAAAGUGGACAGCAGACACAGGGUGUGAGAAGGGGUGGCCAAGGAGCUGGACGGGGUGGAUCUCAACCACAAGGAGCUGGACGGGGAAGUCCUGUACAGCAAAGAGCUGGGAGAGGAGGUCCUCCACAACAGGGAGCAGGCAGGGGAGGAUUGCAACAAGGAGCAGGUGGGGGUGGAUCUCCUAAGCAGGGUGUUGGGAAGGGUGGACCUCAACAACAAGGCCCAAGUGGACCUGCGUCUCAUCCAGGAGGUGCAGUUGGCUCAAGGCCUCCUUCAUCAGAGCCUCAAGUGAAAGGUGGACCUGGAGCUGGGGUGAAAUCCCUCUGUCCAGUCUGUAAAAAUACAGAACUCAAUCUUAAGUCUAAGGAUUCGCCCAACCAUAACACCUGCACACAAUGUAAAUCAGUGGUCUGCAACAUGUGUGGGUUCAGUCCUCCGGAUGCAACUGCUAAGGAGUGGCUUUGCCUGAAUUGCCAGAUGCAGAGGGCUCUGGGAGGGGCAGAGAACAGCGGACCUCCUACGCUAAAAGCCCAGCCACAGCCCAAGGACUCCGUACCAUCACAGAACCCUGCAAAGAAAAACACUCCUCAUAGUAAGCAGAUGCCCCCAUCUGCCAGCCAGCCAACCAAACCAACAGAGGGUCAGAAACCGUCAAGCCAGUCCAGCACAAGGGCAGCUCAUCCGUCGCAGCAAACGUCACAACAAAAACCUCCUCCACAACAGACGACAAAAGGUGCUCCUCCUGCCAAAACUGAGACACCAUCAAAGACUGAGCCCCCUAAAAAAGAAGAAGAGUCCAGUUUCUUUGGUUUCGGUUUUGGUGGCGCUCGAUCCCGCUCUCCUUCUCCACAGACCGGUGCCUCUUCUGUUUCUGGAAAGGUUCUAGGCUUUGGUUCUUCAUUUCUUAGCUCAGCGUCCAAUUUGAUUUCAGCUGUCCAGGAUGAGCCCUCCACAACCCCACCAACCUCUCGAAAAGGUUCCACCAUUUCCCAAACCUCUGCCAAGACUUCCACACCCCCUUCCUCAAGAAAAGGCUCAGAGGCCACUAAGGGCUCCACCAGUGUUCCUAAAUCACAGACACAGGAGGGAAAAAUGCAACAGCAACAAAGUAAACCCCAAGACACUCAAAAAACAACGACAACAAAGGAAACCUCAUCUGCUCAGGCCACUAAAUUAGAUCAAAGCCCAAAACUUCCUCCCAAAGCCUGUCCACUCUGCAAGGCAAGCCUGAGAAGAGAUCCUCCCAACUACAGUACCUGCAUUGAAUGCAAGGCCACCGUGUGUAAUCAGUGCGGAUUUAAUCCUGUGCCUCAUCAAACAGAGGCAAAAGAGUGGCUUUGCUUAAACUGCCAGACACAGAGAGCGCUGAAAGGAAUAGAGCCUCCGGGACAACCCACUAUAAAGUCCCAAACACAGCCCAGCAAAUCUCAAAAGAUGGAAUCUACACAUGGUCCUUUAGAGAAACAGCGCACAGCUCAGCCAACAAAGACUAGUCCUGCCAACCAACCUGCUUCUCAGAAAAAGGAAAUGCAUGAACAGACUAGUGCACCAGGAGCAAAGCAAGCUCCCUCUCCUAAGCCUUUACAGCAACCGACAGCAAAACAUGCCCCCUCUCCUUCUGUGUCUAAAGCAGCACCACAGGCUGAGACUGAGCAAGAACAGUCAGGAUUUUUCGGCUUUUCGGGCUUCGGUGGAGCCCGGUCACGAUCACCAUCCCCUCAGCCUGCUGUUUCGGCCAUGUCUGGUAAGGUCCUAGGAUUUAAGUCGUCCUUCCUGAGCUCAGCAUCUAAUCUCAUUUCAUCAGCGGUUCAAGAUGAACCUUCUACGACACCACCAAAUAACCCUCAAGCACCUUCAGUCUCUCAAACUUCCCUCAAGACUUCUACUCCACCGAUGUCUCGCAAAGGGUCCGCAUCAUCGCAAGGGGCUGCAUUAUCAGCGUCUACAGGAAAGGCUAAUCAAUCAGAUGGUCAGAAAGAAGAGAAAACGACAGAGCUAACUGCAGACCAAAAGAACAAAGCACCAAUAUCUCAAAUUAAAAAAGCCGAACCAUCUUCACAGAUGCCAAAAGCAGACAAAGGCCCUCAAACCUUGCCCAAAUCCUGCCCACUCUGUAAGGUAGAAAUCAAAAAGGACCUUGCCAACUACAACACUUGUACUGAGUGCAAAAACACUGUGUGCAAUCUCUGUGGGUUCAACCCAACGCCACAUCAAACAGAGUUGAAAGAAUGGCUUUGUCUGAACUGUCAGACUCAAAGAGCUCUAAGAGGAAUGGAGCCACCAGGAGCAGCGCAGCCCAACAAAAUCCCUACCACUCAACCAAUGGCUUCACCCUCAAUUCAAAAGAAAGGUGUUUCUGAAUUAGGCAAGAAAAUUAACCCUCCUCAGAAAUUACAAGAACAACAAACCAAGGCUCUAAAUGGUACUCUGCCCAUCCAAAAAGCCCAGCAGCAAGAAAAUGAAGCCAAAUCUGAAGUUCCUGCCAAGACAGCCAAGGAAGGAACUGGAUUUUUGGGUUUUGGUGGUGCUAGGUCAAGGUCUCCAUCUCCUCAGCCUGCUAUGUCUGCUGUAUCUGGGAAGGUUCUUGGCUUUGGUUCCUCCUUUCUCAGCUCAGCAUCUAAUUUAAUAUCCUCAGCUGUGCAAGAUGAGACAUCUACAACACCACCAACCUCCCGGAAAGCUUCCACAGUUUCCCAGAGCUCAACACCACCCACGUCUCGGAAGAGCUCUGCUGUUCCACAGACCACAAACACAGGGGAUAAUAAACAACCUACUGCACAAAAACAAGAAAAAAAGAUUUCUGAGUCACCUCAGCUAUCCAGUAAAUCUUCUGUGAAAGCAAAAACAGACCAAACAUUGUCUGCAAAAGUUGACAAAACUCCCCUCCCUCUUCCCAAAAUCUGUCCACUUUGCAAGGCAGAUAUUACCAGUGAUCCUCCUAAUUUUAGCACCUGCACCGAUUGCAAAAACAUUGUGUGUAACCGUUGUGGAUUUAUCCCCAUGCCUCAUCAAAAAGAGGUGAAGGAAUGGCUCUGUUUAAAUUGCCAGAUAAAGAGAGCACCUGAACCUUCAAGUCUAAAUCCCCAGCUAAAGACUAAUGCUGGCUCACAACAAGACAAAACAGCUCCACAUCAGCCUCCUCCAGGAGCCAGUAGUACUGAGGACCAGUCAAAAACAGCACUUGGAAAACCCACUACUACGUCUACAGUACAAAAUCUCCCAAAUGAAAAACCUGCACAGAAAGAAACUAUAAAACCUCAACAGCCAAAAGAUAGUAGUGCCCCAGCCAAAUCCGAAACCACAACACAAUCAGAUUCCUCCAAAGAAGAUACAGGUUUCUUUGGCUUUGGUUUUGGUGGUGCUCGAUCUCAAUCACCUUCUCCUCAACCUGUUGUCUCGGAGAAGGUUCUAGGGUUUGGUUCCUCGUUCCUCAGUUCAGCAUCUAAUCUCAUAUCUUCAGUAGUUCAAGAUGAGUCCUCCACAACACCGCCACCACCUCGUAAAGGUACAACAGUUUCUCAGACCUCGGUGAAGUCUACAACGCCGCCUGCCUCUCGUAAGGGUUCACAGACAUCUCUCAAAACCACAUCUGCUGUGGCAGCAGCAGCUACAUCCCGCAAGGGAUCUACAGCAUCCCAACACUCAACAAAAAUGCAGGCUGUGGAAAAUAAGCCUCUUUCUCAAAAGCAGUUGGCAGACAAGAAGUCCAUGCAAUCUCAACCUUUCAAAGCACCAUCUACACCUCCAUCAAAGCCUCAAGCAGCUGAUAUGUCCUCUCAGUCUCUGCCUAAAGAAUGCCCACUUUGCAAAGUAGAGCUCAAGAAAGAUCCUUCUAACUUCAACACCUGCACUAAAUGCAAGAGCAUUGUAUGUAACCUCUGUGGGUUUAAUCCCAUGCCUCAUCAAACCGAGGCAAAGGAGUGGCUUUGCUUGACCUGUCAGGUGCAGCGAGCAUCAAUGCCUUCCCAUGCAGAGCCUCAAAAUCAAGCUAAGAAAGUAGCCCCAGUGCCAAAGAAGAAGGAGCAAGAUGUUCCAGAAUCUGUGCAGAAGAAACAAAAUGUAGAGGAAGCCACCAGAACUGGUCAGAAAACAGCUGUAGUAGGGAGAAAGGAGCCCACUGAUGUGACACCACAAGAGCUCAGUCAACCGAAGAUAUCACAGCAGGUGAAAUCAGACAAACCUCAUCAAGAGGAGUCUGGAUUUUUUGGUUUUGGCUUUGGUGGGGCUCGAUCCAGGUCUCCUUCACCUCAACCUGCUGUUUCUGCUGUGUCUGGGAAAGUUUUAGGCUUUGGUUCCUCCUUCCUUAGCACAGCCUCUAAUCUGAUAUCAUCAGCUGUUCAGGAUGAACCUUCCACAACACCGCCAACCUCCCGCAAAGGUUCGUCAGUUUCAGAAACAACACCUCCUCCUGGCUCCCGUAAAGGCUUUACAGUAUCUCAGUCAUUGUUCAACAACAACACAACGUCUCCUAGCUCACAAAAAGGUUCUGUAACCACACAAGGUUCCCAGAAAGCUCAACCCAGUAAAGAUACUAAACUAUCAAUUGGACAGAAACAAGAGGAGAAGACACCAUCACUUCAACAGGCUAAGGAGCCAUCAAAUAAAGUAAAAGAGGAUAAAUCAGAGACACCUAUAUCCAAGCCUCUUCCCAAGGUCUGCCCACUUUGCAAGGUGGAGCUCAAGAAAGAUCAGUACAACAGCUGCACUGAAUGCAAAAUAUUUGUAUGUAACUUGUGUGGGUUCAACCCUAUGCCCCAUGAAGAUGAGAUGAAGUGGCUUUGUUUGGCAUGUCAGAUGAAGAAAGCACCACAACCUCAUCCUGCACAGCUUCAGUCACACGCUAAGGAAGCUGCACCACUUAAAAUGGAUACUCCCAAUCCAGAUGCUUCACAGAAAAAGCAACAUCUUCCAGCAGAUGCCGUUCAAAAGGAUAAGAAACCAGAAGUGGAAGAGAAACAAGACAAUAAGCAAACAUUAGCAGAAACUGAACAACCCAUCCAAAGAGAAACGAAACAACAUCAUAUUGCAGAAGUUCCAAAGUCAGAAUCUCAAAAAACUGAUCCGCAACCAGAUAAACCUGGAUUCUUUGGGUUCGGUUUUGGAGGAGCUAGAUCUCGAUCACCUUCUCCUCAGCCUGCUGUCUCAGAGAAGGUUCUAGGGUUUGGUUCUUCAUUCUUAAGCUCAGCAUCUAAUCUAAUCUCAACAGCUGUUCAAGAUGAGUCCUCUAUAACACCGUCUAGUUCUCGCAAGGCUUCAACAGCUUCUCAAAUGUCUGAUAAGACACCACCAAUCUCUCGCAAAGGUUCCGCAGUUUCACAAAUCUCCAGUGAAGUUAAUACCACUCCACCUUCCUCUCGUAAGGGUUCUACAGUUUCACAGAUGUCUGUUAAAACAACUCCUGCAACCUCACAGAAGGAGUCUGAAGCUGCAGUAAACUCUAAAAGCAUUGAAAAUACAGAUGGGGCAAAAACUAAAGUUGCAAAAAAAGGAGAAGAAACCACUAAAGGAGCUACCCCACAGCAGCAAAGACAAGGAAAGUCCCAAGAUGGACAUGUUCCUGUCUCCUCUGAAAUCCCUGAAGAGUCUAGAGGUAGAUCUCAGACUCCUUUACUUCCACCUGCAGCAUCUGCUGUCUCUGGGAAGGUUUUGGGAUUUGGUUCCUCCCUCUUUAGCUCAGCAAGUAAUCUGAUCUCAUCAGCUCUAGAUGAGCCUUCUACAACACCACCCACUUCUCGCAAAGGAUCCACAUCUUCCCAACUAUCUGCUAAGACUACAACCCCACCCUCAUCUCGUAAAGGCUCAUCAGUUUCCCAGACUUCAGAUAAGAUUACCACUCCACCUUCCUCACGAAAGGGUUCUGGAGUUUCUCAGACUGGCACACCUCCUGCUUCCUCAAAAGGAUCUGAUGUCUCUCCUAAAAUUCUUCCUUCAGAUGACAAAAAAGUACAUCCUGAAAAUAUACAAGAACAGAUAAAAAAAGAUGAUAAGAAAUCCAUGGUCAGUCAGGCACAGCCAACAAUGGUAUCAGUUACAAAAGAUAGAGAUCUACCAGAAACAACAAGGACAGAGCCCACUAAAUCAUUUCCCAAAGCCUGCCCUCUCUGUGAAGUCGAUUUGCAGAAGGAGCCUCCCAAUUACAAUACCUGUACCGACUGCAAAAACACAGUGUGUAAUCUAUGUGGCUUUAACCCCAUGCCCCAUGAGAAAGAGAAAAAGGAGUGGCUAUGUCUGAACUGCCAGAUGCAAAGAGCUCAAGCUGAGACUGACAAAGUACCUCCACCAGUAUCACCACUAAAGAAAGCAACACCAACUCCUGUUCCUCCCCAGAAGAAGCCACUUGAUUCCACAGAUGCUACUGAAAAAGAAGAUACUUCACUAUCUGAAGGUGCAACACCAGGGUCUAGGAAGGCUAGUGCAGUUCCACCAACACAGAAUCCACCCCAGCAGCAAGACAUCAAAAAUCCAGUACAGCCAACACAGAAGGAUGAUACUGUAUCCACAAAAUCUACUGCCUCACCAAAGGCUGCAUUCACAAAAGAAGAGAGUGGCUUGAUUGGUUUUGGACGCUCUAGAUCACCUUCUCCCCAACCUGCUGCUUCCAGUGUUUCUGGGAAGGUCUUUGGAUUUGGUUCUUCCCUGUUGAGUUCGGCUUCUAAUCUUAUCUCCACGGCUGUACAAGAUGAAUCCACCGCCACACUCCUUGCAACUCAGCAACAGGUUUCAUCAGCUUCACAUACUCCUGUGACGACUACAUUAACACCAGCUACUUCUCAGAAGGGAUCAGCAGAUGUGUCACCAAAACAGAGAGCUAAAUCUGUUGAAAAUCAGCAGAAAGACAAGAAACCUGAAGAGAAAAUGACAGAAGUUCAGGGAAAAGCUGUAAAAGAGGGUGACCACACGUCAGAGCCUCCAAAAACUUGCCCACUUUGUAAGGCAGAAAUAAUGAGGAAUCCACCAAAUGAUAGCACCUGUACUACUUGCAAGCGCACUGUGUGUAAUCUCUGUGGAUUCAACCCAAUGCCACAUCAAACUGAGGUGAAGGAAUGGCUGUGUUUGAACUGCCAGAUGCAGAGAGCUCCCGAACCUACAGUUGUGAAACCAGGAACUACUAAAUUACCACCACCUGCAUCACCAAAAAAACAAGACACUGGGGGUGUUGUAGCAGAGGAUAAUGCUUCUGCGAAACAAGAAGGCAAACCAAAUCUGGCAGAUUCCAAACAAACUACAUCAGAGGCCCAAAUCCAGAAAAAUUUCUUACCUGCCAAAUCUGAUCAACCACCUAAAUCUGAAUCUUCUAAACAGGAUUCAGAUUUUUUCAGCUUUGGUUUUGGUGGUUCUAGUUCAAGGUCACCAUCUCCUCAGCCCACUGUGUCUGCUGUCUCUGGGAAGGUUCUAGGCUUCGGUUCCUCCUUCCUUAGCUCAGCAUCCAAUCUGAUCUCCUCGGCUGUCCAGGAUGAACCUUCUAAAACUCCACCAACUUCUCGCAAAGGGUCUACAGUUUCCCAGACUUCGAAUAAGACAACACCAACACCUCCCACUUCUCGAAAAGAAUCAGUAGCUCCACAAGACACUAAACUAAAUCUUACUGCAGCAAAAUCAAAUCCAACCCUUUCACCAACCCAAGAACAGAAAAAGCCACCAGAUGCUCAAUCAUCCAAACCUCUACAAGCUCAAGUGAAAGAGGAGCAUCCAAAAACUUGCCCACUCUGUAAAGAGACCCUUAAGAAGGACCCACAAAACUAUAGCUCUUGCACUUCUUGCAAAAGCAUUGUUUGCAAUCUCUGUGGAUUCAAUCCCAAUCCACAUCAAACUGAAGUGAUGGAGUGGCUGUGUUUGACCUGCCAAAUGCAGAGAACUUCAGGUCCUCCCCUAGCUCAGCCACAGUCUAACAAAGUACUUACAACAGCAUCUCCACAAAAGGAAAAGACUCCAGAGAAGAAGCCAAGUGUUACAGCUGAGCAGGAAAAUAAACCUCCUAUAGAGACCAAAACACCAACAACACCAAAUACUCAAAUAUCUAAACGUGAUGCUUCUCCUUCCAAGUCUGCUCCACUACCUAAAGGUGAACAGAUUAAAGAAGAGUCAAGUUUCUUUGGCUUUGGUUUCGGUGGUGCUCGAUCUCGAUCCCCCUCUCCUCAGACUGCUGUCUCUGAUAAGGUUUUUGGUUUUGGAUCCUCCAUCCUCAGCUCAGCAUCUAACCUGAUCUCUUCGGCUGUUCAGGAUGAAUCCUCCACCAAAACUCCACCAACAUCUCGCAAGGGAUCUACAGUUUCCCAGACUUUAAAUAAGACCACACCAACACCACCUACUUCUCGAAAAGGAUCAGUUGCUCCUCAGGAUGCUAAACAAAAAACACCUGAAGGGGAAUCAAAGCCAGUUGUUACAACAAUACUAGAACCAAAGCCAGUGCAGAAAACCCCAGAUCCUAAUUCGGCCAAACCUCCACAUGCUCCAGAGGAGCUUCCAAAAACCUGUCCACUUUGCAAAGAAACUCUGAAGAAGGACCCACAGAACUACAGCUCUUGUAGUUCUUGCCAGAAAAUUGUUUGUAAUCUCUGUGGAUUCAAUCCCAAUCCCCAUCAAACUGAGGUGAAGGAAUGGCUAUGCUUGACCUGCCAGGCACAGAGAACCUCAGGACCUCCCCCUGCUCAGCCACAACCACAAUCUAACAAAGUACCACCAGCAUCUCCAGAAAAUAAAGUGGCUCAAAUUCCAACUUCCCCAGAAAAGAAGCAGAGUGUCCCUGCUGAGCAGGACAAUAAACCUCCAGCAGAGACUAAAAAACCUACAAUUAGUCUAACUCCAAAUGAUCAAAAGUCUAAAGGUGUAGCUUCUCCUUCCAAACCUGCUCCAUCAUCUAAAGUCGAACAGACUAAGGAAGAGUCUAGUUUCUUUGGCUUUGGUUUUGGAGGUGCUCGAUCCCGGUCACCUUCCCCUCAAUCUGCUGUCUCUGAGAAAGUUAUGGGUUUUGGGUCGUCCUUCCUUAGUUCAGCAUCUAAUCUGAUAUCCUCAGCCGUUCAGGAUGAGUCAUCCACCAAAACUCCACCAAGUUCUCGUAAGGGAUCCACUGUGUCCCAAAGUUCUGUUAAGACAACUCCAACACCACCUACCUCUCGAAAAGGUUCAGAAGCUUCACAAGCCACACAAAAAAUUAAACUAGCAGAAGAAGCCAAACUUAUUACUGCACAGAAACAGGAUGAAAAGAAAAAAGAGGGAAUUAAACCACAUGAUGAGAUGACCAAAGAAACAAUCGCUGAUGUGAAAAUUAACAGACCAGUUCCAGAGCUUCCAAAAGCCUGUCCACUCUGUAAAGUGGACAUAAAGAGGGAUCCACCAAAUUACAACACUUGCACUGAAUGCAAGGACACGGUGUGCGAUCUUUGUGGAUUUAAUCCCAUGCCACAUCAAACUGAGGUUAAGAAAUGGCUGUGUUUGAACUGCCAGGUGAAGAAAGCUCAAGUGUCUCCCUCUGCCCAACCACAGCCACAGGUUAGCAAAGCAUCUCCAACAACAAUGCCAGAAAACAAGGAGGCUCUCAUACAUACUCCAGUUCCAGUGUCUCCAAAAAAUAAGCCAGAUGUUAUUGGGAAGAUAAGCACAUCAGUUGCUAAAGAGAAUCAAGAGAACAAACCUACACGAGCUUCAACACAACCAACUGAAAUGCCAAAACAUGAUCCUUCUCCUGCAAAAUCGAUUGUACAACAGAUACCAGAACCUUCUAAAGAGGAAUCAGGUUUCUUUAGCUUUGGUUUUGGUGGUGCUCGAUCUGGAUCCCCUCAGCCUUCAGUGACUGCUGUCUCAGGGAAGUUUCUGGGAUUUGGAUCCUCCUUUUUGAACUCUGCAUCUAAUCUAAUCUCCUCAGCUGUUCAAGAUGAGUCCUCCACACUGCCACCAACUUCUCGUAAGACUUCCACAGCUUCUGAAACAUCUGCAAAGACUACAACACCACCAACAUCUCGCAAGGCAUCUGUGGUUUCCCAAACUUCAGUUAAGACUACACCAACACUACCCGCUUCUCGGAUAGGAUCUGUUACUUCUCAACAAGUUCCACCUACUGGUGACACAAAUGCACCUAUAACAGACAAGCCAAAGGAGGACAAAACAGAUGAGAAGCAGGUGCAACAGGCUUCAGCAGUACCUGAAGCUUCAGUAGUAGCAGUGGCAGCUCCUAAAGCAGAAACCAGAGCAUGUCCUAUUUGCAAAGUGGAUCUUAAUGUGGGUUCAAAGGACAUCCCUAACUACAGGACCUGCACUGAGUGCAAGAACACUGUUUGUAACCUCUGUGGAUUCAAACCAACACCCCAUCAAACAGAGGUCAAUGAAUGGCUUUGUUUGAACUGCCAAACAAAGCGAGCAUUACAUGGAAUGGAACCACAAGGACCUCCAAAAAUGAAGACCCAUGAACAAGCUGAAAAUGUCUGCACCUCAGCACCGCAUCCAAGAACAGAAAGUAUAACACCAGGGGCACCAUCAUUAGUGUCAACCGUGGUUCCUAAUGUUGCUGAAACCCAGAAGAAAGAGAUUCAAGCUGCAGCCAUCCUUGAUAAAACUAAGAAUCCUGUUUCAGUGGAUGUCCAAAAGAAAGAAUCAGUCUCAGCUUCACCACAACCACUAGAGACAAACAUAAAGGUACAACCUGCAUCAUCUAGGAAGAAAGAAACAUCAGAUUCAAAGAGAGACAAAGAAACUGACAAACUCUUAAAGGAGUCUGACAAGUCCCCAGAAAAAUCUGCUCCACCUCCACAGGCAGAGCCACCAAAACAGGAAUCCAGGUUCUUUGGUUUUGGAUUUAGUGGUCCUAAGGUACAACCUGCUUCCUCUAAGCCAUCUGAGUCAACCACAGGGAAACUCUUUGGCUUUGGUGGCUUGACAGAAACAGCUAGAUCUCGAUCACCAUCACCACAGUCCGUUUCUGCUGUGUCUGGAAAAGUUCUGGGCUUUGGAUCCUCUAUAUUUAGCUCAGCAUCUAAUUUAAUCAGCUCAGCUGCACAGGCUGAACCUUCCACAACACCACCAACUUCUCGAAAGGCAUCCACAGUUUCCCAGACCUCUGCUAAGACUACUCCUCCCACAUCUCGCAAAGGAUCUGCAGUGGCACACGCCUCUAGUAAGAUAGGAGACACCAAAUCACAUGCAGGGCAAGAUGCAGAUAAACCAGCGGAGAAAAAAGCAGAAAUCAAGCAAGUCACAGCACCCAAACCACCUCAGAAACCUGCUCCUAAAGAAGGCAAGACCAAUUGUCCAUUAUGCAAAGUGGAACUCAAUAUUGGUUCCAAGGAUGCCAAGAAUUUUAACACAUGCACAGAAUGCAAGACAACAGUGUGCAACCAAUGUGGAUUUAAUCCAAUACCUCGUCAAACAGAGGUUGAGGAAUGGCUCUGCCUGAAUUGCCAGGUACAACGGGCACAGGCAGGGAUUAAAACAUCUGAAAGUCCCACAGUGAAACCUCAGCCAGUUCCCUUAGUGAAAGACGACCAAACUCCAUCCAAAGUUGACAAGAUAUCUACAGCUCCAGUUGAGUCUAAACCUGAUGAGAAGCCUGCUGCAGCUGAAAAGAAAGCUGCCCCUGCUCAAGAAAUAAAGAAAGAGAUCUCAGUUCCAAGCCCGCAACAAAAGGCAGGUACUGAUUCUAAGGCAACUGAUACAAUCACCCCAAGAAGAGAGCCUCCUAAGCAAAAUGAUACUCAACAAGAUCCUGCGAAAACACAACAGCCACCCAAAGAUACAGCCACUCCCGUAAAAUCUGCUCCACCUGCCGAGGUUGGACCCCCAAAACAGGAAUCAAAUUUCUUUGGUUUUGGAUUAGGUGGUCCUAAAGCACAGCCUACUUCUUCUAAACCAUCUGAGUCAACCACAGGAAAGUUCUUUGGUGGAUUUGUUGGACUGACAGAAACGACUAGAUCUCGGUCACCCUCACCACAGUCAGUUUCUGCUGUCUCCGGGAAAGUUCUGGGAUUUGGAUCCUCAUUAUUUAGCUCGGCGUCUAAUCUGAUCUCCUCAGCUGUUCAAGAUGAGCCAUCCACAACACCUCCAACUUCACGAAAAGGCUCCACAGUUUCUUCUGAGUCUGGUAAAUCUACCACAGCACCAGCUUCUCGCAAAGGCUCAGUGGCCUCUGCCAAGGCUACACCGCCAACAUCUCGCAAAGGAUCUGUUGCAACAGAACCUAAGAAGGUACUUCCUGAAAAAGAGAACAAACCACCUGUUGAAAAGAAACCAGAGCAGCACAAUGAGGCCAAAGUAUCAAGGAUACCUACUUCAGAAAAGGAUAAACCUGAAACUGGACAGGAUAAAUUAGUAAAAGAUCCUGAAAGUGCACCUCAACCAUCCACCUGCCCACUCUGCAAAGUGAAUCUUAACAUGGGCUCGAAGGACCCUCCUAAUUACAACACCUGCACUGAAUGUAAAAGCGUUGUAUGUCAUCUCUGUGGAUUUAACCCCAUGCCUCACCUUGCUGAGGCUGAGUGGUUGUGCUUGAAUUGUCAAACACAGAGAGCUCUAGCUGAUCAGCUGGGAGACAUGGGAAAAAUACCAAUAUCCAGCCCAAAAGACAAGUCUACAGUCACAUCCAAAAUACAGCUGCCUGAAACUCCUGCACCUGCACAGACACCUAUUCCAAAAUCUGAGCCAAAACCAUCACUUGGAAAGCAGGCAGAGGAGGAGAAAACCAUUUCUACUACUGUUGCAAAGGCAGCGGUGACCACUCCAGUUGUCCCUGCACCUCUCUCUGUUGUUCCUACCACAGAUAUGCUGCAGACAGGGAUGACAGCUGUGGUGGCACCAAUACCAGCUGCAGAGACUCAGAAAGCUGUUUUUACUGCUGCUGAGGUCACUUUAAAAGAAACAGGAAAAGACAAAGGCCCUGACGAGACACAAGUAGAAACAGAACCGAUGUCUAUGCUUCCAGCAGUGCCAACUGAGGCAAAUGUAGUAAAGGUUAAAGAGGAUAUAUACACUCAACCUGCAAUAGAAGGACAACAGAAAGAUGUUGUGGUACAGAUGGAUAGCAGUCUUCCAGAAAUGUCUAAAGUAGACACUUUAAAAGCAGAUAUUAAAGAGCAACAUAAAAAGGACAUCUUGCCGGUAUCGGUAGAAUCGUACAGCUCGGCUGAGGAGGAGCUAAAGGAGAUACAGAGAGUAAGUGAAAUGGGCAUAAAAGAAACCGCUACAAAACUGUUGCCUGUCAGAGCACCAGACAGUGUAAAACAAUACCACGAGGACAGCAGUGAGAGUGAACCCUCCCCUCAGAUACAGAGAAGAAGAGUGAGGCCUGCUUCCUCCAGCAGUGAGGACUACAAACUAGACAGUUCUGGAGAUGACGAAGAUUCUGGAGAUGACGAAGAGUUCAUACGCAGACAACUUAUGCACAUGGGAGAAGACGGGAACUUGCCUUCUGAUGAGGAAAAACACAGAGAAGAACAACACUCACAGCAAGAAACCAGAGAAGUUGAAAAAUCGGAUGAUUCCAUGAGGCCUAAACGUGUCCUAAAGAAACUUACUGUAGAGCCUGAGGAGAUUUCUGAUAUCACUCUGUCUUCUCACGACCAAGAUGAUCAAGUUGCCCAAGUCAUCCCGGUCUCAGAAGCAUUAGAAGAAAUCAGAGUGGAAAUAGAUUUGUCAAAUGACAAUGAGAAGAUCAUAGCUACUGACACCACAGCAGUUGCCAUCACACAAAAAACUCCUGUUAGACAGACCACGGAGGAGCAUGAGAGUCUGACUGAAGACUCGUCCAAGGGUGAUGGGUCAUCCAGUGUUCAGGUGUCUAGCAUCACACCAGGAGCAGCUUCACCUACUUCUGUGUCCUCUAUUGAUGAAGACAGUGAUAGUAGCCCAAGUCAUAAAAAGGCCAGAGAGGAGAGUAAACAGCAAAGAAAGGCAAAACACAGACCUCAUGGUCAGGCCCUUCCCACUAUAGAAGAUUCAUCUGAGGAGGAUGAGUUACAUGAGGAGGGUGAACAGAUGGAGCAGGAAGAUGAAAGAGAUGAUCAGCCACAGUUAAGAAAGAUCAAGAAAAAAUUAAAUGCAGAAAGAGCUGAUCUGGGAAUGCAAAGGAGACGGGAUCAUUUGACUAAAACUGAUAAAUUAAGGCAGGCAGCAGGGAUGGAGGAAUGGAAGUCCUCCUCCUCCUCUGAAUUUUCACCUAGUUUUGAAUCUGAACCAGAGAAUGCAGAAUACAGAACAUUAUCAUCUGAAACACAUGAUGCAGCAGAGAAGGCAUUAAAGACUGCUGAAGAAGUAUAUGAGGAAAUGAUGCAGAAAGCGCAGGAAUACAAAACAUCAGAGAAAUUCACACCACCUGAUAUUGAACCAUUAUAUGGAGGCAUGUUAAUAGAGGACUAUGCUUAUGAAACUUUAGUUGAAGAACAAGAACAGGCUGCAACAGCUCUUGGUAAAGUCACCCAUGAGCAAGAUUUGAGAAAGAUGUCUGAACAUGAGUCAAUGAGGAUACUUAUGACACCAGAUGAGGCUUAUGAAGAGAUGAUGAAUAAAAGAAGCAAGAUCAUGCAAAAAGAGAAGGAGGCUCAGCAAGCACAUGCAACAAAGAUCGACACAUCCUUGCCACUUGAUGUCAGUGACACUUGUUAUGUGAGUAUUUCUGGAAAUUAUGCACUUUCUACAGAUAAAAAUGCAAAGCCACUGUUGGAAACAGAGGAUGCCUAUGAAGAGCGAUUGAAGACACAAAAUAAUGUUUUAACACCAGGAACAAGUCCUACUCCGUCAACUCCUGUGUCUCCAGCCUCCCCUCUGACUGUGUCUGAGUCAUCAUAUGAUUCCCCUGAGGUGAUAUUCAUCCCUUCAAGUGGGGAAGAAGACAACUUAGCUGAACCUAUUGAAUGCAUUUUGGAGCCUUAUAUUACAGAUUCUAAAUCUACUCAGGAUGUAUCUGGGAUUAAAGCUUUAUAUCCAAUUCCUGACUUAAAGAUCACUCAGUGCUCCUCUGGUGAAGAGGAAGUUGAAGAGGAGGACAGUGUCACACAAGAAAAAAUGUCCCCUGAGCCAACUGAUAUCCCUCAGAGUGAGGAGGAACCACAAGCCCCAGAAGAAUCAUUUGAAACUGUUCCCAUUUCUGUAAUAUGUGAAGUUCCUUCAUCAAAACAUGUUGUGGAGACAACAGCAAUAUCACCACUGUCUCCACCAACAUCUUCAGCAGUCUCAUCCCCAGAUUCAAAUAUGGAACUAACAACAGCACCAUCAUCCUCUCCGUUUUCUGGCCAGACAUCUGAAUUAACUACUUCAGUUAGCCCUAGUGUUGCUGAAGUUUCUGCCACAGUUGUAAUUCACAUUCCAGACUUGGUGUCUGAGCAAGCCACAACACACCCGUCAGCAACUGCUCCUGUUGCAUCAUCCACACAGAUUAUUGGAUCCCCUUCACCGGUCAUUCCAGCCUCACCACAUGUCUCAAAAAAUGCUGGUACUCCAACUCCUUCUGAAAUUCUUAUUUCAAAGCCAACACCAGGUCCAAAACCAACUCCUGCACCAAAACCAACAGUUAUAUCAAAACCUACACAGGAAACAGUCCCUACUCCCGAUAGUGUUUCAUCCUGUACACUGGAUUCAGCUCUUCAAGAUUUAGCUCAAAGACCUUUGGCCGGUUCAAUACAUGAACCACUUUCAGCUGCUGAAUCAGCCACAACAGAAAAACAAGCUGUUGCACCAACAAUUCAUACAAAAGUUGACCACGUAAAAACUCCUCCUACUACAGUUGCUACACCUAUUAUUCAGUCUCACAAAGGACCUUUAACACAAACUUCUGUUAUUGUUCAAAUGCCCGAUCUUGUGUCCCCUGCAUUAGACCAUCCAGUUCAAGAACAAACUCCAGUUUCAGUGCCUACCCCGCCAUCCACUGCACAGAUGCCAGACCUGGCUACAUCUCCAUCUCAAUCAAUAUCUUUGACCUUUCCAGUACCUUCUCUAACCUAUGCCCCACUUCCAGCUAUAGUUUCAGCAGUGGAUCAAGCACCUAUUUCUGUUCCAACAAUGGUAUCAGUCUCAAUACCAGCAAAGGUUCUCUCUACAGACCAGACCAGCUCAGCUGUUGAACAAGUGGCCAUACUACUGUCUGCUCAAUCCAGUAUUUCUGCUUUAGCAAAAGAGAUUCAGCCACCAACCAGUGUUUCUAUUCAAAUUCCUAUUCAGAGGCCAGCAGAAACCAGACCACACAUGACACCCCAAUUAGGCCAAGCAGCCACCGUUUCACCUCCAGCAAGUCAUGGAGAGCAUAUUGCUGCAAAGACAGUCUCUGUUAUUUCUCCCAUUGUUACUACAACUGUUGCUUUUGGAGCUUCACCCUCCCAACCAGUUCAAUCAAUGCUAACCAAUAUUCAGGAAAGGAUGGUGGAAAUACAGAAGGAAAAUGUACCAGAUGAUGGAAUUUCUUCUCAACAGUCAGUUUCACAAAUAAUUUCUCCUGUUGUACAGACACAGCAAGGUCACGUUGUUGUCAGACUGCCAAAUCUUGAAAAUGUGGCAGUUAAAACAACUACUGAAGAUGGGAGAGGACACCCUGUUAUUGUAAGUGUUUCUCCUUUUACUUAUCCAGCCACAAUAUCAAGUUUCAUCACUGAUUCAACAGUUCCACCUUGUGUGACAUCUGCAAAACCCCAUGUUCCUCAAGAAAGAACAGAUAAACCAGUGAUUUCAUUUCCACCACCUCCUCCAGCUUCACCACUAGAAUUGCCAUAUAGCGCAGUACCCAAGGCUGAUUUUAACCAACAAAAGUCUAUUCCAACUCCUUCAUCAGGUAAUGUAACUCUACCUGAACCCCCACCAAAUGUGGCCAGCAUAAAGAUAAAACCAGCUGUGACGCCAACACACAAAUCACCACCCCCUGUUCCCCCCAAACCUGUAUGCAUUCCCCCAGGACUGGUAUUUAGUCACAGAUCAAGAGAGAGCGUAAAGCCACCAGUUAGCCCUGAGCCAGUAGUUGUUCAAGCAGUUCGUGCUGCAACGCUGCCAAGAACAAGGGAACCUCCAAAUGCUUUGUCACUAAGUUUGACUGCCCCUGUAGAGACCAAGCACAGUGCUUCGUCACCAAAAUCACCUUUAUCACCCAGAUUUGCUAGAACUCUUGAAACAUAUGUGGUCAUAACAUUACCCUCAGAACCAGGAUCACCUGUUGAGGGCAUUACAACUCAAGCACCGAUGAGAAGAUCAUCACUGCCAACUCCCAGACAGCAUGUUCCAUCUGAUGCCCCAAGAGUGUUUGCUCCAUCUGCAGUGGAUGCACCUGUGUCAUUAAUUUCAGCACAAAUUGUAGGAGCCCCACCAAAGCCUACAUCAGCUUUAAAUACAGCAGUACCCCUUGUGGUGAUGGCACCUGACUUUGCUUCAGUCACAAUAGAGACUCAUCAUAUUACACUAGCUGCGGAUUCAAGUCAAAGUAUUAUGGAACCUUGUGUAACAGUCCCAGAGCUGCCAGUUGCUUCUGUACAAACAUUCGUUUCAGCACCUCUUGUAGUGGCAUCAUCAGGACUAUCACAGACUAUGACUGUUGUUCCUCAUAUCACAAUGGAGAAUACAAUGCAUUCCCCAUCUGCGUUUAUAACACCACAUGUUGUAAUGGCACCAUCUGCUUUGAUUUCAGCAGCACCUGUUGCAGCACCACCACCACCGCCCAUUUCUAUGGAACCAACAGCAUAUCCGGCAAUGACAUACUCCACACCUUCCUUGAUUUCUCCUCUUGCCAUGGCUCCAAUCUCAGUGGUGCAUACAUCAAAAUUGUCAGAGGAGGUACCAGUAGCCUUAGCCCCUGGGUCAGGAGUUUCUACUGAGUCAGUUCCUCACUAUACAGUGAGUGCUGUGCAACAAGAACUUGAGAUGCAACAAAUGCAAAAAACAUAUUCUGCUCCAAUAACAGUAACCCAGAUUCCAAACCCAGCUCAAAAUGAAGACAUUCCUGGUUUGGAUAUGGAAGAAAUACUAAUAGUCUCAGCUUCUGAAGAGGCCUUAACUGAACUGGGUCCAUCACCAGUACCAAUAACACAGCUUCAAGAGCAGCAAACAGUUUAUGAGCAAAAACAAGAAAUUCCAGUAGUGACCUCUGCAACAACUGUGCCACCAGUACCAGUCACAUUUACCCAAUUUACAAAAUCUAUUGAGAGUCAAGAAAUUUGUGGACAAGAUAAGGUCAUAUCAAGCAUGAGCCAAGUCUACUCUGCAAUCUCAACAACUGAGCAGCGUCCUGAUGCAUUGCCUAAUCUCGUGACCCAAGUUGUCACGACUGAAGUACAAAGAACAACAACUGUGUCAGUUGUCCAGGAGAGGAUUCCUGUCGAACCCAUACCUGAACCUGUGGGUGCUACAAUCACAAUCCAGCCAGAAGUCCAUCCAAAGCCUAAACAGAAUGGAAGAAUACAAUACCCUAGUGACGUUAUAGAUCUUACCACAUUUAAAGUUAAUGUUACAAUGACUGACCAAGGAAUGGAUUUGACAGCCCCAGAUUCAAGUAGGUCUUCCUUGUCAAGUGAAUCAAGUGGGCAACAUGCCACUGCUGUACAGCCCGAAAUUGUGAAUCUUAGUGCUGAAAUAAUCCCCACUACAACACUCUCAGUUGUAACUGACAGCAUAACAAUCGUUACUUGCACAGCUACAAUUGCCUACAACAACAACACAGUUGACAAGCCUCUGGACCUGGGAAAUGCUACUUCAGUGCCUCUUCCACUUACCACAUACAAUCCAUUUGAGCCACUUGCACAGAUAGUGUACAGACCUGUAAAUUCACAACCUAAGGCUACAACCAGUGCAGAGAUUCCUAUUAACCUUUCAUACAGAGCUGUUGCAAGCACAGCUCCUACUCUUAUGCCUGUUACUAUAGCCCCGGUGAACUUCACAAAUGGCCCUGUUGGUAUACCAAUACAUACAGAGCCAACGGCAGUUGGACCUGUAGACCUCACCACGUCUAAGCCAAUGAAAACAAUGGUUGCUUUGUCCUCAUCUUCUGGAGUGGUCACAACUGUUUUGGAAGAUGACGGUACACCAGUUGAUCUAACAUCUGGAAGACGGACUGUUUGCUGUGAUGUAAUUUACAAGCUUCCUUUCACAGGGAGCUGCAGAACACAGCCUCCAGUGACCAUACAACCAGACAAUCAAAUUGGCUAUCAAAUUGAUAUUGCCACAAUGCCUGUCACUGAAGAUCUCAGUACCAUGAAGGCUUCAAUAUCUGACAGUAAUUUCAAAGAGGCUGGGCUCUUUAGUUAUGAAAGGAAGAAUGGAUUCACCUAUCAGAAUGGGGCAUCUGAGGGGGCUAUUGAUUUGACAUCAGCUAAAAUGUCAACAGAAGAGGCCUUAGACUACUCAAAGAAAAGCACUUUGGCAUUUACUGGGAUCACCACUACUCCAUAUUCUCAAGGAACAUCGUUUGGCUUUAAUAGUUUACUAAGAACGACAAAUGGCAUUGUUUACUCAUCGGUUGCUGCACCCGUUCCCUCCACGUAUGCAGUUACUAUCCAACCAGGUUCAAUAUUUAGCACAACAUACAAUAAUCUAACCAAUUCUACGGAUCCACUUUCAGCACUUCCAAAUCAGCCUGCUCCAUAUGGCUUUGUACAAACCACAGCCACAGACCAAUCAAUAUUCCCACAGUCUGAUAUAUCAAAGGAUAUCCUACCUUCUGCAUUAGCCAGUCUCCUUCCCUCCCUGACAACCUUUCCUGAGCUCUACUCGGAUGCUACUUUUGAGGCAAUAGCAGCCUCACUGGACAUGCUGGUAUCCCCGAAUUUCCCUGAUUUAGAUGACAGCAAGAGCCAGCAGUACAAGGCUGAACAUGAGUUCUUACAGUUAGAGAAGUUGAAACAGCUGUGUCUAGCUGAAGAGCUUGAAUGGGAGAGGCAAGAGAUACAGCGUUACCGUGAGCAAGAGCAGAUCAUUGUUCAGAAGGAGCUGGAGGAGCUUCAGAACAUGAAGCAACAACUUCUAAUGCAGCAAGAAGAGGAACGCAAAGCCCAUCUGAUUCUUCAGCAAGAAACCUUUGCACAGCAGCAACUUCAGUUAGAGCAAAUUCAUCGAUUACAGAAGCAACUCCAGCAACAACUACAAGAGCAAAAGAUAUACCCAUAUGGGUUCGGGCCAAGUGAGGGUAUGUCCCCACCCUUGAGCUCAGACAUCAUACUUGACUCAAAAUAUUCUGGGGGAGAUAAUGGACAAUACUGGCCAGUGAAGGAUGACAAUUCAACAUCAUCUGCAGUGUCCACCCAUGACUCCACAACAGGUCAAAACUGGCUAACAACAACUUCUGGGGCUUUUACACAGUAUAGUUCAAGCAUUCCUGUAUCAGUGAGUGCACAGACAAAGGAUCAACUGCAGUUGUCCACAAACCUGCCAGAUACAGCCAAGCAAGAGCAAAGUGUGGGAUUAAGUGGAAAGAAAUUGAUUGAGAGUGGUGUUCAAACAGACGAUGAAGAUGGGGUUGAAAAGAUUCCUUCUGGUAGAAGGAGAAGAAGUAGGAGGAGUGUAGAUAGCUGUGUGCAAACUGAUGAUGAGGAUCAGGAUGAAUGGGACAUCCCCGUUCGGAGCAGACGCAGGUCUCGUUCCAGUAGAUAUGCUGAUGGAGAGAAGGGAAAAAGCUCCAAGGUAUCAAGUAUUGCGAUUCAGACUGUAGCCGAGAUUUCAGUUCAGACAGAGCAUUCAGGGACAAUUAGGAGAUCUCCUGUUCGGGCUCAGGUGGACACAAAAGUAGAUUUACACAGAGAGGGCCAAACAGAAAGCGAUUCGGAUAUUACAUCAGACAAAGAUAAAAGACGUCCAGCUCCUGCUGAGAUAAGUGUUAGCACACACCUGACAGCUGGUGAUGUUGGAGCAUCGUUAGUUACCAAAUCUCCAAAGGUAUUAUGCUCCCCGGUUUCACCAGUGUCCCCAGGGAAAAGUUCACAGAAGAUGCUUACCGCUGAUUCAUCAAGGCAUCUCAGUAGUCCAAGAUCACUAAGGGCCUCACAACGAUCUCUGUCUGACCCCAAGUCAUUCAGUCCGACAACUGAGGACAGAAUGAUGUACCAGUAUGCAGACACCUACUCUAGCAAAGGUUCUCAGAGCGGCACACCAGUUGGCACUCAGAAGAAAGUAAAACGCACGCUACCUCAUCCACCACCGGAAGAAGAUACCCUCAUUGGCCUCUCUGGGUACACCACUGCUUCUACCAGAAGACGAAUGUGCAGGAACACCACUAUGGCGCGGGCCAAAAUCCUCCAAGACAUAGACAAAGAGCUGGAUUUAGUUGAACGUGAGUCCUCAAAACUCCGUAAGAUACAGGCAGAACUUGAUGAAGAGGAGAAAGAGAUAGAUGCUAAAUUGAGAUAUCUGGAAAUGGGUAUAAAUCGAAGAAAAGAGGCUUUACUGAAAGAGAGAGAGAAGAGGGAGAGAGCCUACUUACAAGGAGUGGCAGAAGAGCGAGACUACAUGUCAGAUAGUGAGGUCAGCAACAUCAGAGAGGCACGAGGUAAUGGUCAUGGACUAGAACGGCCACGGACUGCCCCACAGUCAGAGUUUAACCAGUUAAUUCCACCACAGACUGAGUCUGAGUCUCAGUAUGCACAGCUUACGAGCCCAUACUCCCAUUAUCAAUAUUUAUCCCAAACAAGUCAGUAUCCUCAGCAGACAUUGUACCAGCAGCAGUCUCUUUACCAUCAGCAGGUGUCCCCCUACCAAUCCAUCUACUCAUCAGUGCCCUCACUCAAUCAGCAGUCCCAGCAGACUGGCUAUGACCAUUCCUCACUCCUUCUGAUGCAACAGAAACCCCGUCAGACUACUUUGUCUGACUUAGAACCAAAGAUUACGACAAACUAUGAGGUCGUACGCAACCAGCCCCUCCUAAUCGUCCCUACAUCCACAGAGAGUGCCUACGGAGUUUCCCAUCUCGGUGGUAAAUACAGUAGCCUUGAUCUGAGGAUGGGCUUGGAAGAGAGAGCCAGCAUGGCCAGCAGUCCCAUGUCCAGCAUAUCAGCUGAGUCCUUCUAUGCAGACCUCGAUCACCAUAAUGCCAGGAACUAUGUCUUGAUUGAUGACAUCGGCGAACUCACAAAGAGCUCCACGGGCCUUGGUUCAAGCUUCAGUAUCGCAGAUAAGGAUAUCAGCAAAGCUGACCGACUUCUCCGGACUGCUGACGUUCAUCGGACUGCAGAUGUGGCAGAUUUUCUUGGUCCUCUUCAGGCUGCUUCUCGAUUGCAUUCAUAUGGUAAAGCAGAUGAGGAUUCCAUGGAGGAGCCAUAUGAAUUGAAGAUGUUGAAACAGCAAAUUAAGCAGGAGUUCCGAUGCGGUACAGAUAGUCUCGAGCAGCUUACAGGCCUGCCUCACUACCUCCACUCUGACACUAGUUUUAGGCAUUUCCCCAAAGCUGAGAAAUAUAGCAUCGGGAGACUAACUUUAGAGAAGCAAGCUGCCAAGCAACUUCCUGCCUCAGUUCUUUACCAGAAACAGCUAAAGAAUAAAAAAGCACUAAUUGACCCCAAAAUUACAAAGUUUUCGCCCAUCCAAGAGAGCAGGGACCAUGAGCUAGAUUACAGCAGCUUCUUGGCCUCUGCCAGCUCAGUUGGUGGACUGUCUGCCAGGGCAAGGCUCUUGCAGGAUGAGAUCACAUUUGGUCUUAGGAAGAACCUAGCAGAGCAACAGAAAUAUUUGGGUUCAGCUCUUGGCGCUAACCUUGCACAGUCACUCAACUUUGGCCAAUCUCUCAACCUAGGGCCUACCAUUAGGUCUUCCCUUCAUGAUGAUGGCACCUACCCCAGUGGCACUCGGUCAAGACCUUCCUCUAGGCCUUCCUCUGUAUAUGGACUGGACCUAUCUAUCAAAAGAGACUUGUCAAACUCCUCACUACGCCUGAAAACAGAGGGUGAGGGUAUUGAUUCCCAGUUUGUAUCUAGGGCUAAACCGACAAGUCUGCCAAUUAGUCAGAGCAGGGGUCGAAUUCCCAUUGUUGCACAAAACUCUGAAGAGGAGAGUCCACUUAGCCCUGUUGGUCAGCCCAUGGGCAUGGCCAGAGCAUCUGCAGGCCCACUCCCACCCAUCUCAGCAGACUCACGGGACCAGUUUGGCUCCAGUCACUCUCUUCCAGAAGUCCAACAGCACAUGAGAGAGGAGUCCAGGACAAGUGGCUAUAAACGGGACAUUGCCUUUAUAAACGAUGACCUUCAGGGGGCCAUGUCAGAUAGCGAAGCUGGAGGUCCUAGCUGGAAUGUAAAAGCAUAUCACCUUCAGCAUGAGGAGACAGACUGGUUUGACAAACCCCGCCAGGGACGUGGUGGACCAGAAGCCGGGCCAGAGAGAAGACAGAUGAAAGGCAGCCAUUACCCCUUCCCACACACUCGCAUCAAACUGCAAAGGGACCCCAAGGACCACACCAUCUCAGGGAGUGGGCUGGGAAUCAGAGUUGUGGGUGGAAAAGAGAUUCCAGGGACCAACGGAGAGAUCGGAGCCUACAUCGCUAAGGUUUCAGCAGGAGGAUGUGCUGAGCAUAUGGGAAAAGUUGUGGAAGGAAUGCAGGUUCUGGAGUGGAAUGGAAUCUAUCUGCUGGGAAAGACAUAUGAAGAAGUGCAAAGCAUUGUGGGCCAGCAGUAUGGAGAGGCAGAAAUAUGUGUGCGCCUAGAUCUAAACAUGCUCUCCGACACAGAACACCCUCAACAACUGGAGCUCCAUACUCAGCUGAGAGCUGGUGAGCAUCAGCGUUCUCCAGGUAUAGACCCAAAGCAGCUGGCUGCAGAGCUGCAGAAGUUUUCGCAGCAGCAGGCUCCUGCCUCCGUGCUGUCUGCUCUGGAGAGAGCGGGACACUUGCACUCUGGCACCGGAUCUGCGGCUUCCAGUGGGGUCCCCAGCCCUGGGCAACCCGGGUCCCCUUCCGUCAACAAGAAACGCCAUAGUAGCAAGUCAGCAGAGGUUCUGAAGCCACAACCGCAUCCAGUCACUGGUGAAAUACAACUUCAAAUCAACUACGACAGGAAUAUGGGCAAUCUGAUUGUUCACGUGCUACAAGCUAGAAACCUCGCUCCUAGAGAAAACAACGGCUACACAGACCCCUUCGUAAAGGUCUAUCUCUUGCCAGGGAGAGGCCAAGUCAUGGUUGUCCAGAACGCAAGUGCUGAGAACAAGAGAAGGAUUAAGUAUGUCCAGAAGACUCAGAACCCAGAGUGGAACCAGACCGUUAUUUAUAAAAACAUCCAUCUGGAGCAG